AGGAGCCCGGGGACGGGAAUUACUCACUGCCGGGUCUGGGAGGUAAAGGUCGCCGGUAGCGGCGGAGCCCCGAUCACCCCAUGGAGAGCGCCCUGUGAUCUGCGCCCGGAGCCAGCAUGUCCGUGUACGAGCUCUACUCCCGGUACACCCGGGUGUGGAUCCCUGAUCAGGAGGAGGUUUGGAUAUCGGCCGAAAUCAUCAAGGAUUAUAAAGAAGGGGAUAAAGUUCUGCAGCUGAAACUUGAAGAUGAAUCUGUGGUGGAGUAUCCCGUGUCUCCGACCUCGUUACCUCACCUGCGUAAUCCGGACAUCCUGGUGGGAGAAAAUGACCUGACUGCGCUCAGUUACCUCCAUGAACCAGCCGUGCUCCAUAACCUCAAGGUCCGCUUCUUGGAGUCCAACCACAUCUAUACGUACUGCGGAAUUGUGCUGGUUGCCAUAAAUCCUUAUGAGCAGUUGCCAAUCUACGGUGAAGAUGUCAUUUAUGCCUACAGCGGGCAAAACAUGGGCGAUAUGGACCCCCAUAUAUUUGCCGUGGCAGAAGAAGCAUAUAAGCAGAUGGCCAGGGAUGAGAAGAACCAGUCCAUCAUUGUAAGUGGAGAGUCUGGAGCUGGGAAAACCGUGUCUGCCAAGUACGCCAUGAGGUACUUCGCCACUGUUGGGGGCUCUGCCAGCGAAACUAACGUGGAGGAAAAGGUCCUGGCGUCCAGUCCCAUAAUGGAGGCCAUUGGAAAUGCCAAAACCACCCGGAAUGACAACAGCAGCAGAUUCGGGAAAUACAUCCAGAUAGGAUUUGACAAGAGAUAUCACAUUAUUGGUGCCAAUAUGAGAACCUACCUUCUGGAGAAGUCACGUGUUGUGUUCCAGGCAGAGGACGAGAGGAACUACCACAUCUUCUACCAGCUCUGCGCCUCCGCCGGUUUGCCUGAAUUUGCCGACUUAUCACUGUCACAAGCCGAGGAAUUCUUCUACACCUCACAGGGAGGAGACAUCGCCAUCGAUGGGGUGGAUGAUGCCGAUGACUUUGAGAAGACCAGGCAGGCGUUCACUCUUCUGGGAGUGAAGGAGUCUCACCAGAUGAGCAUUUUUAGGAUCAUCGCUUCCAUUCUGCACUUGGGGAACAUAGAGAUCUCCUCGGAGCGGGACGGCGAAUCCAGCAGCUUGUCGAAAGGAGACAAGAGUCUUAACCACUUCUGUACACUGCUCGGGGUGGAGCACGACCAGAUGGAGCACUGGCUGUGCCACCGAAAGCUCGUCACCACGUCGGAGACUUACGUGAAGAGCAUGUCGGUCCAACAGGCGCUCAAUGCCAGGAAUGCUCUGGCCAAGCACAUCUACGCUCAGUUAUUCAACUGGAUAGUGCAACAUGUGAACAAAGCCCUGCACACCACCAGCAAGCAGCACUCGUUCAUCGGCGUGCUGGAUAUAUACGGGUUCGAAACAUUCGAAAUAAACAGCUUUGAACAGUUCUGCAUCAACUAUGCCAACGAGAAGCUACAGCAGCAGUUUAACUCGCACGUCUUUAAACUGGAGCAGGAGGAAUACAUGAAGGAGCAGAUCCCCUGGACCCUCAUCGAUUUCUAUGAUAAUCAGCCCUGCAUUGACCUGAUUGAGGCCAAACUUGGGAUUCUGGACCUUCUGGACGAGGAGUGUAAGGUCCCCAAAGGCACGGACCAGAACUGGGCUCAGAAGCUGUAUGACCGGCACGGCAGCAGUCAGCACUUUAAGAAGCCCCGGAUGUCUAAUGUCUCUUUUAUAGUCGUUCACUUUGCUGACAUGGUGGAAUACCAGUGUGAUGGGUUCUUGGAGAAAAAUCGGGAUACGAUCUAUGAAGAGCAGAUUAACAUCCUGAAAGCCAGUAAGUACCAACUGGUCGCUGAUCUGUUCCAAGACGACAAGAAUGCCAGCGCCCCAAUCUCCAGCGGAAAGUCCAAAAUUAAUGUCCGACCGGCCAAACCAGCCAUUAAAAGUGCCAAUAAGGAACAUAAGAAGACGGUGGGACAUCAGGUAAGAAUACAAAUCGUCUAA